CAAGGUCACGCCGCGCACCAUUCCGCUGCCUGCGCUGCUCAGACGCUGCAGCUGCCGUCGUCUUCUCGCCCAAACUCCCUCACUGUCGCACAGCCAUGGCCGACAGCGCGAGCGGGAGCGACACGGACGGAGCGGGCAGCAGCUCGGCCACCCCGAUGUCGACCUCCGCCUCCAACUCGGAGAAACCGAGCGUUGUCAUUUCGCAGUUUCGUCUGGAGGAACUGACGAACCGGCUGGCCUCUCUGCAGCAAGAGAACAAAGUUCUUAAAAUUGAGCUGGAGACAUUCAAACUCAAGUGCAAAGCCCUGCAGGAGGAGAAUCGGGACCUCCGCAAAGCCAGCGUCACCAUUCAAGCAAGAGCAGAGCAGGAAGAAGAGUUUAUCAGCAACACUUUGUUUAAGAAGAUCCAGGCCCUCCAGAAGGAGAAGGAGACUUUGGCAGUCAACUAUGAGAAGGAAGAGGAAUUUCUCACCAAUGAACUGUCAAGGAAACUCAUGAAUCUCCAGCAUGAGAAGGCAGAGUUGGAGCAACACUUGGAGCAGGAGCAGGAGUUCCAGGUUAACAAGCUCAUGAAAAAGAUAAAGAAAAUGGAGAACGAAACCAUCUCAAAGCAGCUAACCCUGGAACAGUUGAGGCGGGAGAAGAUCGAUCUUGAGAACACAUUAGAGCAGGAACAAGAAGCCCUGGUCAACAGACUGUGGAAACGAAUGGACAAACUGGAGGCGGAGAAAAGAAUCCUUCAAGAGAAGUUGGACCAGCCCGUAUCAGCGCCUCCCUCACCAAGAGACGUUUCCAUGGAGAUAGACUCGCCAGAGAACAUGAUGCGGCAUAUCCGUUUCCUGAAGAAUGAGGUGGAAAGGCUGAAGAAAAGCUUGCGCACAACUGAGCUGCAACACACAGAGAAACGUGCCCAGUACAUCGAGGAGGAGCGACACAUGAGGGAGGAGAACAUCCGGCUGCAGAGAAAGCUUCAGAGAGAAAUGGAGCGCAGGGAGGCCCUGUGCAGACAGCUGUCCGAGAGCGAAUCCAGUCUGGAGAUGGACGAUGAGAGGUACUUCAACGAGAUGUCCGCGCAGGGCUUGCGAGCGAGGACCGUGUCCAGCCCCAUCCCCUACACCCCGUCCCCCAGCUCCAGCCGACCCAUCUCCCCCGGCCUCUCCUAUGGCAGCCACACAGUCGGCUUCACUCCUCCGGCGACGCUGUCCAGAGCGGCCAUCUCCCACUUCAACACCCCCGCCCUGCACCCUCACGGAAGCGCCUCUCAUUCCGUAGCCAGGCCCUCGCCAAGAAGAAGCAACAGCCCCGACAAAUUCAAACGUCCGACGCCCCCACCCUCCCCCAACACGCACUCGGGGGCCCAGCAGGUUCAGCCUCCGCUACCCCCGCUACCCCCGCCAGCCCAGCCCAUGGUCCAGUCCAUGUCCUCCCCGGCGGCGAUGUCUCAGCAUGCAGCGCCGCCGCCUCCCUCCCAGCCUUAGCGCGUCGCUCCGUCUUUGCGGCGUGAGCGCGCCCAACGCCACGAUGCUACCGCAACUGCAGCUUCCGCCAUUACCAGUUCUGGAAGUCGAGUCUCUUACUCUUUACCAACUCCGCAAAAGAAGCGGCUUCAAAAUGUCUUCGAGGGGAAAGCAACCAGGCGGGGCCUCACCCUCAGUGGAGCCCGCCGCCGCCGCCGCCGGCCAAAUCCACACACGGCGUUACUCAAUUACUCUUAAACGGAAUGGAUGGACUGAAAAAUUAUCACUUCUGGGAUUUGUCGGCCAAUUAUCUGUUUGACAUUCUGUCUCGUACAUGUUUUUUUUUGUUCGUCUUUGCCUGGGACUUUUAGCUGGUUGAAAUUUCUGUUGUGGCGCUUCUGAGAUGGCACAAACGGCACAUAAAGUAUGUUUCAUGUUGGUGUUUCCCGAUAGGUUGGCUGUUUGGAUCGAUGAACGAACUGAUAGGCGGAUGCGGUGGAUUCUUUUCACGCCUAUAAUAUGACUGUUGCAGUAAUGUACUCCACCCCCCCCCCCUUCGUCGACGAGUCACCCCGAGCUUAACGCAGUACCGCUAGGUUCGCGAGAGGCGUCGUCGAAACCUCGCUCUGACUUCCUCCAUUAGAGGGCAUUGAUCAAUCCGUGCUUGUGCCAGUUAUUUAGUUUCUGAAAGCAUUUAAGGCUCUGCUGCUCUUCAGUUGUCAUGAAAAGAAGAAAAAAAAGCAUCCAGGAGGAUGGACAUAAACAUAAACCACAGAUAAAUGUCGCCUUUUGAGGUGUUUUUAAAAAAAAAUGUAGUCGGGUGUUCCAACUUCCUCACGUACUCGGUCUUCUCUCUGUCGCUCCGGUGUGUUUCUGAAAGCUUCUAUCAUGUGGAUAUUCGUCAUCAGAAAAAGGACAAGAAAAAAAGCCACCAUAAUGCUCUUUACACUAAAUAUUCAUCCUGCUCAAACAUUCUAAAUGAAUGGUACUGUUGAACUAAAUUUCUAUGUGUGAUUAAAGCUCUCGAGAUGACAGCCUCCGUUUUUAACCGUCGGUUCUCUGGGUCACUUUUGCUCAUUUUUUAUGUGAUAAUAAUAAGAGUUAAACGUCGAUAAGCAAGCGUUGUAGGCUUCAAAUAUCAGUCUCUGCUCGAUGACUCGUCUUUUCCCUCGCAGGAUGCUGCGAUCCGAUGCGCUCGCCGUAUUGCGAUGUGCACUGAUUCCGAAUGGAUUUGAUCUUUUUGUGUAUUUUGCUUCACUGGACGAUUUCAUGUUUUAUUUUUGUCUUGCGACCAUAGUUCAUGACCUUGCAAUUUCUGACUGAAAUAGCAGAUUGCCAUAAUUCCCAUUGCAUAUUUAAUCCCCUGAUGUUACUCCUCGUCCCACCGUGAGGUUGACUGAGACCCUUUGGGAAUUGUGAAAAUCGGUUGAGACAUUAAGAGGAUGAAUUGUAAUAAAUUUGAUCCCUGAUCUUUCCUCUGUA